GAGAAUGUGGACGAAAUAGUCUGCUUUCCCCUCUUUCAGUGCGCAAACCCCAGCUUGCUUGUUCGGGGAAAAAUGGCUUUGUGAGAAGUUAUUUAAUUCGUUAAGCGAUAAGAUGGUAUACGGAGCUCUCUGCCUGCGCCAUAAAUAAUAGGGCAAAGUAAGGCAGUAAAGCUGUUACCAAAGAAACCCCUGCUUCGUUGUUCUGUCGAAAUUGGCUUUGUGAGAAGUUAUUUAGUUCGUUAAGCAAUAACGUGGCAUCGAGAGUCUCCAACAGCACCAGAAAUAAUAGGGCAAAUGAAGACAGUAAUACUGCUACCACAGGCUCAUGAUCUCCCACCAAUUUAUUGUGUGAAGAAAUAUUAGCAAAAUACCUCCCAAUGGAUCACAUCGACACCACUCAAUUAAAGAAAUUAAGCAGAGGAGAAUAUUCUCAAGCUCGGCGUUCGAUCGGGGAGACUACAAAUUUACGCACUACUGAGUUCUCCCAGCCCAACAAACCGAUUCGCAAUGACCAUGAACAGAAGCUUUUGGUGGCUAAAGAAGUAUUUCUCAGUCACAGCGGUAAGCAGAAAAAUUUUGUUAGGCAGCUAAAUAGAGACCUUGCAAACCACGGCGUUUCCUGCUUCUUUGAUCAAGAUCGUGAAAGUCUGCCAUUGGGAGAAGAUUUCCCCUCCCGUAUAUUCGAAGCCGCCAAGACAUGCAAAGUAGCAGUUUUUCUCCUAUCGAAGGAUUUCCUCGAAUCAAAGUGGCCCAUGCUGGAACUCUCUGCUUGUGUGGAAGCGAGAGACAGAACCCGUACGAAUCCCAAUCUCAAAAUUUUACCCUUGUUCUUCCAGAUUUCACCAGAUGCUCUUAAAGACACGAAGGUAGACAAUGAAAAGUGGAAACAGUUGAAGAUAUCCGGGGAAAAGCAAGCCGAAUGGCUCCGAGAUUUGGAACUAAUACGGCGAAUUAAUGGGAUAAAUUUCAGGGAAAAUGAUGAUGAAGUGAAGUUCAGAGAUGAUAUUGUGAAGGAAAUCUGGCAUAUACUUCCAACAUCCUCGCCAAGGUAUCUUGUCCGUUGUAUGCAAGGACAAGAACGAAUGUGUCAGGAGGUUGCAGAUUUCUUCAAAUCUGUCCAGUCCGUCAAAAAGGGAACCAGUAUUGCAGGAUUGUAUGGAAUACCGGGCCAGGGGAAAACUACAGUUGCCAAGGCUUUCUGCAACUUCAAAAUGGGGGAUUUCGAAGGUAAAGUAUGCCAUCUGGAAUUUUCUAGAGGCGAUUCAUUUGAAAGAACAAAGCUUGCCCUGCAAUAUCUCACUCGCUGCCCUCAGUUGAUUCUUCAAACACUGACAGACCGAGAUCAGGCACAAGUUGAGUUGUAUAGACGAGUGAAGGGCCAAAGGAUAUUGUUGGUUCUCGACAAUGUCACAGAAGAAAGUAUUGACGAAGUAACGGACUAUCUUAAGGCGGAGUUGGGAGAAAACAGCUGCAUCCUUUUGAGCGCUCGGAGUGUAGAUGUUCUAGAAAAGCAUUUCAAGAUAGGUAAGCGGUCAUGCAUGCGCGUCCCAAGGCUUGAAGAUAACGAGGCCAUAGAAAUCUUGUUGGAAAAGGCACCUAUAGAUGUGUCAACGAUGGGGGCAGAGGAAAAAGUUUUUGCUGUCAAGUGUGCAGACAGAUUUUUGUUCGAAGAGGUCGGUCGGAGAGGUAAAACAUUUCAUCCGUUAGCCUUAAAAGCUUUCGGCGGCCACCUCUUCAGUAAAUAUGGUCCGCAUUUGUCAAAGUGGGCUGGUGAGAUAGAAGGCUGGGUAAACCGAUGUAGCUAUGGUUUGGAUGAUUUGUUGGCUGUGCUGGGCAAAGCUUUUGAUAGCAUGCGUUCCGAAUAUCGCACCAUAUUCAUGCUUCUCACCCUAUAUAUGCCGCCUCGUAUGUCUCCCCACAAAGUUACUGAGUGGCUGGCAAUGGUUCUAAACAAAGAGAUCUCAUUUAUUGAGAAAGCAGUUGAGGAUUUAUGUAAGAUGGCUCUUAUUGAAGAAUUUGCAUCUAAAAUUCGCAUACACGAUCUAUAUAUUGAAUUCGCACAAAGCAAAGCAAAUGAAAUGGGGAGAUGGCUGUGGUGGAAGGGCGACCUAUGUAGUACACGUUGGUUAAUAUCACAGCACAAUGCAGGUUUUGAAUUGGCUAAGUUGGAGCAGUGCAAGCAUCGAAGACCGUCCCAGAUCACCCCGCACGACCUUCAAAAUCUCUUGGUGCUUCAGCUUGUAGGUGUGCAGAAUAUGAGAAAGCUUGACUUGGGCGGGAUGCGUCGUCUCAGAAGUAUUAUAAUACACAAAUGCAAUGACUUGACUAUGCUUGAAGGUAUGGAGAAAUUGCAACAGCUGGCGUGGCUUCAGAUAAGCGAGGUAAAUACAAUGUUUAAACUUCCGGUGCUAAGCAGCCUCGAAGGUUUACAACAUCUUGAGAUUGACAUUGCAGGCAGGCAGGUGGUCAAUCGGCUGGGAGAUCUUAGCGGCUGUGUUUUUCUGAGAGAGAUAAAGGUUCGUUGUCCAUCCCUCUUGGACUUCCCAAGGUUGAAUGGUUUGCCGCAUUUGGAGAAAGUGGAAUUUAGUGUGUGUGAUAAAGUGAAGGGGCCUCUCGACUGUAGAGAAUGUGUGGAGCUUCUAAGUAUUGUCAUCGACAGUUGCUCCCAGAUGGCUUCGUUACCGCUCCUGGUUGGAUGUAAGAAACUAUCCAAAAUUGUAUUGUGGGAAUGUGAUGCAGUGAAGGCAUGUCCAGAUAUAGAUGUGCCAGGUGCUUUGAAGACACUAGAGUUGUUUGUUUCAUCAAAAGCUGCUACGGCGCCCCAAAGUUUAGAGUCUUGUUACACACUACAAAUUCUUAAACUAUGCAAUAUGGUUGAACUAAGGGAGCUUCCCAGUUUCAGACUUCUAUCAAAUUUGACUGUGCUCAAACUUGACAAGUGUGGUAUAAGGGAGCCACCAGACCUAACAUGUUGUGUCUUGUUGGAGGUUGUUUACUUUUUCACGCUGAUGCAUUUAAAAAGGUUUCCUAACUUCUCACUAUUGAGGAGUUUAAAGAAGUUAACUCUUUAUGAUUGCUGGAGGGUUGAAGAUCCUCCUGAUAUUAGUGGCUGCCAUGAAUUACAGGUAUUCCAUCUAGUCUAUAACGACAAUAUGAAAGGACUUCCAAACAUGGGAGAUUUCCAACGGUUGGAGGAAAUCAAAUUGAGUUGGCAUUCUUAUAAGGAAAUUGAUGUCGAUAGUUCUGAAUUCCAUGUGGAUCUUCAACCUUAUGAGGAUCUUCAAUCUCGUCUGGAGCACUUUAAAGACGAAAACUUCUCGAACUUAAGUGAUGUAAGCAUACCAGGAGCAUUGAAAGAGUGGCAGUGGCUAAAGAACCAGACAAUACUGGGGAAAAGGUAUGUCCGUGGGGCAAAGACCUAUUAUUCUAUUACAGCUCCGUAUGAAUUGCGGAAGCGAAGCCAGUUUUCAGAGAAAGUAUUGGUCGAAACUAUUGGAAGGGCAAAUUUUGAACGCGCUGCAUUCAAAUAUUCAAAUUUAUUUUAUAGAACAGAAUUGAUGUAUACGGUAAAGCGGUCAAUAGUUGGGCAGUGUUCUAGGGAUCUUAUAAUAUUUGUGGUUGUAGUGUGUACGUUGUUAGCAGGGGGAGAAUGGUUAAGGGAUCGUAUUGUUGAUAUAAGCAGGAGAGAAUGGUUAAGUUAUUCUAUUGAAUGGUUAAGGGAUCAUAUUGUUAAUAUACGCAGGGGAGAAUGUUGGAGGGAUUGUAUUGAAUGGUUAAGCGAUCGUCUUGUUGAUGUAAGCAAGGUAAGCAGGGCAAAAUUGUUAUGGGGUCGUCUUGUUAAUAUAAGCCAGGCAGGAUGGUUACGGUUAAGAUAUUUUUAUCUUAAAUUUGCUUUUACAAUACUUGGAUGGGUGUGGGUGUUACUUAGAUGGUGGAGGUUUUUGUAAUGGGUAGAUAGGCUUAUGUUCUCUUGAGCAAUACUGAAGGGUUUUCUUAUUGGUUCUUUCCCUUCAGUGCUCUUUGAACCAGACACCUGUAAAA